AUGCCAAACAACCUAGUGAGGAAGAAAAAACGAACGAACGAAUAUGCCCAAACCAAAAGAACUGAACCAAAGAGUCAACAAAGCAACCAGGAGAGAUGUGAUAGGCAUGAUUCCCAAUUCAAUAAACCCAGUAUUGCUAUACUGGAUUCUAUGCUUAAACAUUUGAAUAUCAAAAGAAUGCAAAAUGGACUGAGUAAACAGAAAAUUAAUAUUAAAACAUUCCCAGGUGCAGGAAUUGAUCAAAUGAAACAUAUCGUUCCUACCCUGAACACAACGCUGGACAAACUUAUUCACAUUGGAACCAAUGACCUCCAUAACAAAACACCAGAUAACCUACUGAA